GGUCGUUCUGGCUCAAGCAAGUCGCGUCAGUGGGUAUAGUGCGCGCGCACCUCGCCAUGCGAACACGCUCACCACAUGGCGCGUCGCCUGGCGCUGCUUGCGCUGCUGGCGUGCGCGGCGGUCGCGAACCGCCGGCCUUUACGAUCUACCGAUAUCUCCGAUUCGCAAUCUUACGAUAUUGUGCUUUGGGACGAUUAUGAUGAAUCUCUUGAAAAAUCUCUUCCAAAACAUGUCACAUUCAAUCCCCAAACAAAAGUGAUAGUCAAGAACAAAGUUCCCAAGUUUAAUGUGACAAAGAAAAAAACUAAAAGUGAUGAGAAGAUUCAAGUUAUUAAAACUACAAUAAAUAUUUCAAGUCAAACAAACUUUAUAGUGACAAAACCACCUCAGCACGUCGAAACGUUAUCUAGUUCAAUUUCGCGGCUUCCCUAUGAGACGUUUACAAAUGUAAAUAAAUUUUGGAUAGAUAGUGCAACCCAGACCUUGAGGCCUAGCACAAGAAAGCCAGUAAAGCCUCGGCCAUCGAUAUCGACAUCGACGCCUAGUACAAGAAAGCCGGUAAAGCUUCGGCCAUCGAUACCGACAUCGACGCCGAGCCCAAGAAAGCCGGUAAAUCCUCGGCCAUCUAUACCGCCAUUGAAGCCCAGCACAAGAAAGCCCAUAAAGCCUCAGCUAUCGACAUCGACUUCGACUCGACGGCCGCCUAAGACGCACAGCCCUCGGAUCACGUCGACGACGAGACGACCACGCACGAGCACGACAAGACGUCCGAGUACUCGUCGGAAAUUAAAAACAACAAAAGUGACUUGUCCACCGAAAAAUCCAAGUUGGAUAUCAACAUAUAUUCAAGAUAAUCAUUUAAAAAAAACUCCGAAAAAUGAAGUGAAAUCAGGAUUAUUUUCCAGACUUUACAACUGGUUUGUAGAAUCAAAAUCAAUUUGGUUUAAUGCUGGUUGGUUCGAAGAGAAGUCAACUACAACAACUACACCUUAUCCUCCUUCAACAUCGACGGGCAAUUGGUUUCAAAUAUUCCUCGAUUCUGAAGAUACCGAUAGUUCAAAUGUAGUUAAUGAAAAGGUAAAAAAAUCCGCGAAAAAAUCUCUCAAGAAAACAUACAAAGGCUACCAAUUACUAAGAACAUACCCAGACUUGCAAUGGAAAGUGCAUUCGUUGUUAGAUUUGCAGGAAGAAGCUGAAGGGUCGGGUCUAAUGUGGUGGACUUCUCCGUCUCUCAACGGUUCUACUGAUCUGCUCGUUCCACCUGACUUACUAAUUGAUAUAAAAAAUCAUUUAAAAUCAUCUAAAAUAGAUUUCGACGUUGUUAUUUGGGAUUUGCAGAAAGCGAUUGCAUAUGAAAACCCAAAGCUUUCGAAGAAACAACGUAUUGAACUAGAGCAAUUACGCGGUCAUCCCAUGACUUGGAGACGGUACCACCGCUAUGCCGAUAUAUUAAGAUAUCUCGAAUACCUACAACACUCCUAUUCUGAUAUUGUUGAAUUGGUACCGCUGGGUCUCUCUUCAGAAGGAUUACCAUUAGUGGCGGUAAAGGUAUCUAUUCCAAAAAACGAAUCGCAAACGAGAGAUGUCAACAACAGGCCUCAAAAAAAGAAAUGGAAGUUACGAUCACACAUGAAACCAGCCAUUUGGUUGGACGGCGGCGCUCAUGCUAGGGAAUGGAUAUCACCCGCAGUUGCUACAUGGAUGUUACAUAACUUAAUAGAAGGUGAUAAAGGCUUAGGUGCUGAUCGUGAAAUACUCAAUGUAGCUGACUUUUAUAUCAUGCCGGUGAUAAAUCCUGAUGGCUACGAGCAUUCGCACACGCACGAUCGACUUUGGAGAAAAACACGUUCACGAAGCCCUGACCAUUCGGAUGAUUACUACGUCGGUUGGUUUCCUUGGAACUGGGGCCGUACAGAAUGUGUGGGUGUAGAUGCGGAUCGUAAUUGGGAUUACCACUGGGGUGAAAAGGACACUUCAAAUGACCCUUGCGCGGAAAAUUACGCUGGUCCCCACCCAUUCAGCGAGCCAGAGACACGGGCUGUUUCUGAGUUCUUGGCAGAACGCAGAGGGCAGAUAAAGGUAUAUAUAUCUUUGCACGCAUACUCGCAAGCUUGGCUCCUACCAAGCUCUCACGCACACGCGACAUUCGCUGAUGAUGGAAUGCUGAUGGAAAUGGGUAAACUUGCAACAGCUGCUCUUGCCGAUAUGUAUGGAACCAAGUAUCAGGUAGGAACAGCUGCGCAACUCCGACAACCAGCUUCAGGGAUGUCCCACGAUUGGGCUAAAGCUAGAGCUGGAAUUAAAUUCUCUUAUCAUGUUGACCUUAGAGACUCUUUUGGACCAUAUGGUUUCCUACUGCCAGGGUCACAAAUAGUCUCUACAGCUCGCGAGACUUGGCAGGCUGUGAGAGCAAUUGUAGAUAAUCUUUCCCCUGGCCUUAAAUAA